GCUGCUGUUUCACGUACGCCGUUUCUGCACGUGCAAUUGCCUCAUCAGCAACGUACCUUGAUCUAACAGUCUCGCUUGCGCGAAUGCAUCUGUCUCAACAUUGCCAGCCUAUGUCAGCCCUCACCACCCAAUCGCAGCCCGAGUUUUGUUUAUUGAGCUAGUUUCACACCUGCAUUGACGGCGCAUACGCAUACACAUACACAUACACAUGACAUAGCGGCCACUGGUGGAUCUGGCCCACCCUCGAGCACGGUGCCUGAGGAAGAGCUUCCUGCUCGUGACAUUGGCGACAGCGAGGAGCGGCGAUAACCGGACAGCAGUGCGCUGCGCUGGGCUUUGCGGCCUAGGCCCGCUGCACACAUACCAUGGCCGACUUCUGUAGACGCAUCUUCUCCAGCUGCUGUGGUGGCCGCUCGAAAGUCGACUACGAUAAUGUCUUGGCCGACUCCGAACGGGAGGCUGUGGCUGACCUUCUCAACUACCUCGAGAAUCGAGCGGAGACCGACUUCUUCUCCGGCGAGCCACUUGCGGCAUUGAGCACCCUCGUAUACAGCCAGAACAUCGACCUGCAAAGGAGCGCGAGCUUGACGUUCGCGGAGAUCACGGAGCGAGAUGUCCGGCCUGUGGACCGUGCAACUCUCGAACCCAUCCUCUUCCUCCUUGAGAGCCCAGAUAUUGAGGUGCAACGUGCUGCUUCGGCUGCUCUCGGCAACCUCGCCGUAGACGGUUCGAACAAGGUGCUCAUUGUUUCGCUUGGCGGCCUUACACCAUUGAUCAGACAGAUGAACAGCCCGAACGUUGAAGUACAAUGCAAUGCCGUAGGCUGCAUCACCAAUUUGGCCACUCACGAAGACAACAAAGCCCGCAUUGCGCGGUCAGGCGCUCUGGCACCACUGACUAGACUGGCAAAGAGCAAAGAUAUGAGAGUCCAACGGAACGCAACAGGCGCACUACUCAACAUGACACACAGCGAUGAUAAUAGGCAACAACUGGUCUCAGCAGGCGCAAUACCGGUUCUAGUGAGCUUACUGAGCAGCCCGGAUACGGAUGUGCAAUACUACUGCACCACAGCGCUCAGCAACAUUGCCGUCGACUCGGCGAACCGGAAACGGUUAGCACAGACCGAGCCGAAGCUGGUACAGAGCUUGGUGCACCUCAUGAAAGGUCAGGCGCCGAAGGUGCAAUGUCAAGCAGCACUAGCGCUGCGAAAUCUGGCCAGUGACGAAAAGUACCAGCUCGAGAUUGUUCGUGCGGGCGGACUGCCACCAUUACUCAGCCUGCUGCAGAGCAGCUACCUCCCUCUCAUCCUGUCCGCCGUAGCCUGCAUACGCAACAUCAGCAUACAUCCUAUGAAUGAGUCACCAAUCAUCGAUGCCGGCUUCUUACGACCACUCGUCGACUUGCUCGGUAGCACCGAUAAUGAGGAGAUACAAUGCCAUGCCAUCUCCACCUUGCGCAACCUGGCUGCUUCUUCGGAUCGCAACAAGCAGCUGGUGCUGGAAGCGGGAGCGGUGCAAAAAUGCAAGGAACUGGUUCUGGAUGUGCCCAUCAACGUACAGAGCGAGAUGACUGCCGCAAUCGCUGUGCUAGCUUUGAGCGACGAGCUGAAGCCGGAGCUGCUCGGACUCGGCGUGUUCGACGUGCUGAUUCCGCUAACCGAGAGCGAAAGCAUUGAAGUGCAGGGCAACAGUGCGGCGGCGUUGGGUAACCUCAGCAGUAAAGUCGGCGACUACUCGCUCUUCCUAACCUCCUGGAACCAACCCUCGGGCGGCAUCCAUGGCUACCUCUCCCGCUUCCUAAGCUCCGGCGAUCCUACAUUCCAACACAUUGCGAUCUGGACACUUCUGCAGCUCCUCGAGUCCAGCGACCAAAGACUAAUCGACAUCAUCAACAAGUCCACAGACGUCAUGGACGUCGUGCGGAGCAUCAGCGAGCGGAACGUCGAGUCCGGCGGUGAAGGCGACGGAGCCGACGAGGAAGAAGGCGAGGCGGAGGUCGUGGCGUUGGCGAAGAGGUGUCUAGAGCUCAGUAAUGGGAGUGGGAAUGGCCAAGGAGGUUCGCAGGGCAAGGGUAGCGCUAGUAGCUACACGCCCAGCGAUAAGACUUAGUGGAUUGCUUCGGAGGCUUGAUACGACGGCGGCUUUAAUGCGAGAGCGGAACUGUCUAUGAAGGAAAAGCUGGGUAGGGGUCGGAAGGCGGCUUGUUGCAUUGAUUGAUCGUUGAGCGCAUUGAGCAGGCGGAGGCGUUCAGAGGCGCAGAAGACUGCGGCAUACCCAGGAGCCGCUCCGAUUGGUUCGGCGGCAAUGUAAGCAUACUUUUUGCAUUCAUGGAGUGAGCAGCCCGGGCAUGUGUUAUUUCGAUAGGCAAUAUGAUGCACUAGCAACAAUCGAGGACUGACUGCACGGCGCGUACUUC